CGCUCAUUCACAAUCUACUCUCCCCGCAAUCAGCAUGGCACCAAAGCAGUCGAAAGACAAGUACUCGAUUCUUCUCCCUACCUAUAAUGAGCGGCGAAACCUACCCAUAAUAACAUGGCUCCUGAACAAGACCUUCACGGAGAACAACCUCGACUGGGAGUUGAUCAUCGUGGAUGAUGGCUCGCCUGACAAAACCCAAGAAGUCGCCGCACAGCUCCAAAAAGUCUAUAGCCCUCAACGCAUCCAGAUCCGUGCGCGCGCUGGCAAACUUGGUCUCGGCACUGCCUACGUUCACGGCCUGCAAUUCGCCACUGGCAAUUUUGUCAUCAUCAUGGAUGCAGACUUCUCGCACCAUCCCAAAUUUAUCGCUGAGAUGGUGCGCGUUCAGAAGACCAAGAACUACGAUAUUGUCACUGGUACACGGUACGCGGGCAAUGGCGGCGUAUAUGGCUGGGAUCUAAAGAGGAAGUUUGUUUCUAGGGGUGCUAAUCUGUUCGCGGACACUGUACUCAGGCCGGGUGUUAGCGAUCUGACCGGUAGCUUUCGCUUAUACAAGAAGGAGGUGCUUCAGAAAGUCAUCAGGAGCACCGAGAGCAAGGGCUACACAUUCCAGAUGGAGAUGAUGGUUCGUGCGAAAGCUAUGGGCUGCACGGUUGCUGAGGUCCCAAUCACGUUCGUCGACCGUCUGUACGGAGAGAGCAAGCUAGGAGGGGAUGAGAUUGUGGAGUACGCAAAGGGUGUGCUCAGUUUGUGGCUGAAGGUGUAAGAGACUCCACGAACAUGCAUGGCGUCGGCGUUGGUUGGAUACAAUGAUAUCUAAGGCAGGUAGGGGGACGGUAUCCUGUUGCUAUCUACCAUUAGC